AUGUCAACAAUAGCCCUUCAACCAAAUGCAAUAGUACUUAGGCAAAGUCAGAUGGAACAAUUAUACCCCGACGCUAAUUAUUUUGAUCAACCCGAAGAUUAUUCUAGCGAACAUUUUGACCGUGAAUCCCAUUUGAAUACAACUUCUCCUAAGAUAGGAAACGGUUCGAUUCCCCAUUUUGAGUAUCUUUCUUAUGAUAGAGUUCAAUACCUCUAUGAACAAAGAAAGGGACACUUUUAUUUUAUUCCCGAAGGAUUUGAGCCUGUGCUAGUGCCCAAUGAUUCCAAAGCACAAACUGUAACCAAUCUUUUAGAGAAUUCCAAACCAGUGUCAACAGCCCCAAACGUCUCGCGUAUGCUUCCCGAUAGCGAUGUCCGUCUCCCGUCUUUUGCUCUUCCCUGUGGAGUUUCUAGCUCCGCGAAAAAGGAAAGUGCCAUCAAUGGAAAAAAUGGCAAAAUUAAGAAGCCCCCUAGACCACCCAAUGCAUUCAUACUUUAUCGUCGCGCCAAACAACCCUCCAUUGUCGCUUUGCACCACGGAAUCUCAAAUAACGAUGUAUCAAAAGAGAUUGGAAGAAUGUGGCACGAGGAACCGGUGGAAGUUCGUAACAAGUUUCAGAAGAUGGCAGAGGCCGCUAAAGAAGAGCACAUGAAGAAAUAUCCAGAAUAUAGAUAUCGUCCUCGGCGUCCUCAGGAAAGAAAACGUCGGGCGCCUGCACGCGAUGCAGCAUCAAGAAGACAAUCUGCCCCAGUUUUACCUCAAAACUUAAAAUUGCACAAUUCCCCUUCGUCAAUGCAAAGACGAGUCUCUACCUCGUCGGCUGAUGCUGAAAGUGGAUACCUCUCGGAUUCACAGUUGGUCUCCUCGUUACAAAAUACAAAUCAUCAAGAGUUCUACACUCAAAGUCCAGAGACUGCAUCACCAUCCGAUACAUUUGGCCUCUUGGACAAUUCC